GUGUAAAUAACUUUGACUCUUGAAGGUGAACUUAUCUUUUAAAAAGUUGCAAUUAGGAGGAGACGAACGGCUGUAAGGCUUCGAUACCGCCGAUAUACAGACCUAUAACUUUUUCGCAGUCGUCCUAUCACCUGUCGAGUGUUCGUUCGACCAAAAAGGCGGCGGACCAGAUCCGGAGCUUCCACGCCUUGCACACUCCGCCAUCACCCGCCUAAUUUCGGCCUUCUACACCGCCGUGACUGUCCAUUCCCGGCUGUGGACUAGGUAUGGCUGGGGAACAACCCUUUUCGAACCGAUUCGACGCUCUGAGGCCGGAUCGAAACCCAGAGCAGAACAUAAAAUCGAAGACCCGGCGUCCUCGGCGGCGGCGUGCUGGCCCCACAACGUCGAAGGAUGCCGCCCCUUCCUAUUCCCCCUUCCCAACGACUCCUCUCUGUAACAGCAGGAGCUAUUACACUCCCCCUUCAACUGGCCCUUCAUUCCACACCGGAGAAAAGCUGUACUCGGAACUAGUCUUCUCGCCUCAGUCGCAAUCGCACUAUGAUGGCUCAUGGGCUGCUGGAUCUGGAGGGUUUCACUUGCCGUUGCCUUUCGAUGAGAGAAGCAUUCCGCUCUGGAGUGAAGGACUGUACACCAGUGCAGACCUCGGACGAAAAAGGGACCUGUCCCAGGACCUGCCCCCUGGGACAGUUGCGCUGGCGGAUGUAGAAAAUCCGUUUUCUUCGAUUCCCCACCCUGGAUUUGGCGAACAAUAUGAUGUUUGGGGGUUCGACCGAGCUCCUCUUACUGAUCCUUCGUCAGACGUCGUUUUUCCGCCUAUUCCUGCGCCAGGUCCGGAGAACUUGGAUCCACGUCUUGGAGUGGUUUCACCGGCAAUUCCUCUCGCCAGUAGUAACGUCGAUGAUGACACCGGUUGGACGACAGUAAAGAGCUCGAAACGAAGUCGACGGAACCCAUGGAUAGAAAACGGCUAUGCGUGUGAUACCUGCCCAAAGAAGUUCAACAGAGAGUGCGAUCUUACAACACAUAAGAAGCGACACUCCCCGAAAACAGAACGGGAGCACAAAUGCCUGGAGCCCAAUUGCAACAAGAGUUUCUACUAUCCAAAAGACCUCGAGAAGCACAUGCACUCUCACUAUCCUGCCGGCCGGCCGCUAUACCGCUGCGAGAUUUGCUCCAAGGAAUAUUUACGGAAAGACAAUCUCGGAAGACACCUAAAAGAUGCGCAUCAGGAUAUGGUGGUUAUUCAAUCAAGGAGACCAAGAAAGCGACUCUCAGGAGUACGGACAGUGGCAACGGCCAUUGAGUUGAACGGUUGGCAGGCUCACACUGUCUGUGUUCAUCUGUCUUGACGCCGUCGACCGCUCAUUGUUUUGUUUAUUGAUGGAGGCUUUGAUACACUUGCGUCUGCUUUUGAGACUGCUGGUAGCUAUGUCAUCCCUCUCAAUGUUCUCCACCUGUAUCGCUCGAGGGCUGAACUGCGAUCUGACUG